GGGUGGGGAAUGCCAAGAAGGAUUGCUAGUCGGGGGGAGGUGCGUUGCUAUGGCGACCGGGGAGGGCGGGGUCAGGUCUGAAUCGCUGCUGUGAGUCAUCCUGGGCGCUGCUGGGAAGGGCAGGGCAGGGCAGGGAUGAUUGACCAUGCUAACAGCCGGGUGGGAUUUCGCGACAUCCCGGUGUGAAGGGACUCGGUGCCUAUGGAAACGAUCGCCUGGCAGAAGGGGCGGAACUAGAUCCCUCCACUUGAGACGCUGACAUUCCAGGCCCUUGUCCUGCAGGCUCCCGCGGGCGGACACGCCGGAAGAGGAGGCCGGGGAAUGGCCGCGGUGUGGCAGCAGGUCUUAGCAGUGGACGCGAGACUUCUAUUACCAUCAUCACUUUUCCAGUCUGACCCCAUUACCAUCCCAUUCUGACCCCUGCCAUUGUCCCACACUAACCCCCAUCACCAUAUCAGACUGACCCCUAUUAUUGUCUACACUGACUCAGUCGCUCCAUACUAACUCCAGCAAAGCUGCAGGCUGCCUCCACUGGCUUCACACUGACCUAAUUGCCAUGCCCAUUAUUAUUGUAGACUCACCCUCAUCACAGCACCAGAGGUACCACCAUCACCAUGGCUGAUUACUUGCCAUCCUGACCCCUCACUGCCACACAUCUCAUUCUCCUUCCCUAUCCCUUGAGCUGAUUGAUUCCCUCUGUCCUGUGCCUGCUGCCCGCCCUGCUUCCUGCCAUCGCAGGUACAACGCGUACCGCACACCAACGUUUCCACAGUUUCGGACACAGUAUAUCCGGCGGCGCAGCCAGCUACUACGGGAGAAUGCCAAGGCUGGGCACCCCCCAGCGUUCCGUCGGCAGUACCUGAGGCUGCGUGGGCAGCUGUUGGGCCAGCGCUACGGGCCCCUCUCCGAGCCAGGCAGUGCUCGUGCCUAUAGCAACAGCAUCAUCCGCAGCAGCCGCACUACCCUCGACCGCAUGGAGGACUUUGAGGAUGAUCCUCGGGCCCUGGGGGCCCGUGGGCACCGCCGUUCCGUCAGCCGAGGCUCCUACCAGCUGCAGGCACAGAUGAACCGUGCUGUCUUUGAGGACAGGCCCCCCGGCAGCGUGGUGCCCACGUCAGCGGCAGAAGCCAGUCGAGCUAUGGCCGGGGACACGUCACUGAGUGAGAACUACGCCUUUGCGGGCAUGUACCACGUUUUUGACCAACACGUGGAUGAGGCAGUCCCAAGAGUGCGCUUCGCCAAUGAUGACCGGCACCGCCUGGCCUGCUGCUCACUCGAUGGCAGCAUCUCACUGUGCCAGCUGGUGCCCGCCCCGCCCACCGUGCUCCGAGUGCUGCGGGGCCACACCCGCGGUGUCUCCGACUUCGCCUGGUCUCUCUCCAAUGACAUCCUCGUGUCCACCUCACUUGAUGCUACCAUGCGCAUCUGGGCCUCUGAGGACGGCCGCUGCAUCCGGGAGAUCCCUGACCCUGAUGGCGCCGAACUGCUCUGCUGCACUUUCCAGCCCGUCAACAACAACCUCACUGUGGUGGGGAAUGCCAAGCACAAUGUGCAUGUCAUGAACAUCUCCACGGGCAAGAAAGUGAAGGGUGGCUCCAGCAAGCUGACGGGCCGUGUCCUCGCUCUGUCCUUUGAUGCCCCUGGCCGGCUGCUCUGGGCGGGCGAUGACCGCGGCAGUGUUUUCUCCUUCCUCUUUGACAUGGCCACAGGGAAGCUGACCAAAGCCAAGCGGCUGGUAGUACACGAGGGUAGCCCUGUGACCAGCAUCUCUGCCCGCUCCUGGGUCAGCCGCGAGGCCCGGGACCCCUCACUGCUCAUCAAUGCUUGUCUCAACAAGCUGCUGCUCUACAGGGUGGUGGACAAUGAGGGGACCCUGCAGCUGAAGAGAAGCUUCCCCAUUGAGCAGAGCUCACAUCCCGUGCGCAGCAUCUUCUGCCCCCUCAUGUCCUUCCGCCAGGGGGCCUGUGUGGUGACGGGCAGCGAGGACAUGUGCGUGCACUUCUUUGAUGUGGAGCGGGCAGCCAAGGCCGCCGUCAACAAGCUGCAGGGCCACAGUGCACCUGUGCUGGACGUCAGCUUCAACUGCGACGAGAGCCUGCUGGCUUCCAGCGACGCCAGCGGCAUGGUCAUCGUCUGGAGGCGGGAGCAGAAGUAGCAGCGUUCUGGUCACAGUCCCUCUUCUCACCCACCUCCUGCUCCAGCCUUGUGUUUGUAAAUAAAGUUUCUGUGGUUGUGCUGAUGGCUGGCUCCCGGGUCUGCUGGGGGCGGGAUGGGGGAGAGGGCAGCUCUAGGGCCCACGGUG